AUGGCGCGACUGUUGGACCUUCCGAAUGAGCUCAUUCUUCUUGUCGUUGACUACGUGCAAGCAGACACAACACAGAAAUUAUUGCCAUUCUUUCAAUGGGGAGAUGUGUAUAGACGUUUGAUUGAACAGAAUCCACCGCAACGAAUCAAAGACCUGCACUCUCUUUGCCUUGUAUCCGCUCGCUUGAAUAAUCUGUUAAAACCGAUAUUGUACCGUAAUAUUUGCGUUCGCGACGACGGGUUCCGCAUUUAUCCGCAAACCCAGCUGAAGCGGAGUCUAGAGAACGAUUCAAAGCUUGAAGGACAUAUUAUGUCUGCAAUAGUUCCCUGCAACCACUUGAUUUACGACAUUUAUCAAUUUUUUUGGUUUCCCAACAUUCAGGCACUUAGCAUUCUCCGGUUCAAUGACUGGGAGCCUAUGGAAUUUGAAGACGAUUCGCAUGUUGGCACGUCGCCGGUCACAGAACUGAAUUUGAUAGGCUGCGGAGCGCAUGAGGAGGCAUUAGCCGCUGUACUUAGCUGGCCAACUGCGUUGGAAGUGCUCCAUUACGACGCCGAACAAGGAGAGUGGGAUGGCCACUAUGGUGAUGAGCCUGCCAAAAGCUGGACAUGCGCGGCGUUUGUACGAGCCAUUCAGCCGCAAAAGGCCACUCUACGGGAAUUGACCCUUACUCGGCCAUGGCUCGAACAUGAAGGAUUGGGCAACGGACCACGCAUAGAUCUGAGCGAUUUCACGGCUCUGACCAUGCUCCGUAUCUACCAAGUCUUUCUAUGUGGGGACGAGGACCCGCUUGAGGCCUGGAGCAGCCUUCCCCGAAGUCUUGAGAGAUUAGAUGUCUUUUAUGAUGACUGGGAUCUCACCCGUUUUGACGAAGAUGACUUUCUGCGGGGCCUGCUGGCGCAUAAAAAAGAGUAUCUAGCCCAUUUACGCACGGUAUCCAUUCACUCGCCCGAGCAGACCUGGGACAGCGAUAUAGAGGAGUUCAUGCCCACCGGUCAAUGGACGCCGCCGUCUCCCCUGGCGAGAGCAUUCGAAACUGCAGGUGUGAAUAUAGAUAUAUGGCUGGGGCCUGCGGAACCUCCGAAGUUUGAGGAACUAGGCAUUCCUCAGCUUCUUAAGCCACCAAGAAAAAGGCGUUUUCUCGAUAUUGAUUAG